UUACUACCUUCCAAGAGAAAAAUCAUUGAUGUCGACUGUUUUGGACCGUCCUCUAACAAUGGCCGGCUGGAAUGAGGAAACAGGCAGAGAUUACAGUAUUGUUUACGGUUUUAUGUCGUCGCUUUUGAGCGAGGAGUCGUCAGGUGGGAGAUUCGAAAAAUGUCUUCAUGGAAAGCUUUGCUCGAGCUGCAAGUGCCACGCGCAAGUAGAGAAAAGUCGUUUCGUGCCCGAAGCCACUGAGGGUGCGAAGGCGGGCGAAUGUUCACACUCGCAGAACUUGGUCGUGUUUGACUUCGAUGCUGUUCACCGUGAACGCGCGUUAAACGCGAAACACUUGAAUAAAGGCAGGAGGUGGCGCAAGAAACAUUAUGGGAAGAUAAAGAUGAAAGAAUGAUACAAGAAACGCUCCAAACGAAAUCCAGACGCCAUGGACGGAUUAUACGCUCUCUUGGUAUUUAGGUAUACAUGGACUUGACCGACUAGUUAUAACUUAAACAGGGUGUUUGGUGAUAAAUCUAACACUUCUAGAUAAUAUGAAAUAAUUUCUGUUCAGUUUUUGAAAGUGUAAAAUCCUUAUAUCGCUAUAAACUGUUCGAAGUCAAGAAAGCUUUAACGAGAAGAUAAUUAACUGCCACGGUUUUUGAACCGUUCUGUUUAAAAUUAAACACAGCGAGGUAAGAAAUACUCAUAAUAAUUCCAGAUAUUGUAAUUAAAUCUAAAAUAUAUUUCAUUGAAAAAUUUCUUAUCAUUAUGAAUUUGUAGAAAAAUAAUCGUAAAAUGUAAAAAUAUGGGAAUUAAAUCAACAAAACAUAUGUAUAGUUAGUCUUCGUAUUUUUAGGGCGUACAGCAAUAUACAAGUCCAAAGAUUAUUAAUAUCGAUUGCAUCAUUCUUUACUACAGGUUUACAUGAAUUUUCCUUGUUUAAAAUUCAAAAGCGCCAUUACAAUUUAGGUUUGCACAACUGCAUCGUAGAAAUUUAUUGACGCGCAGUUUUGCGGUACAAAUAAAGGGUCAUGUGCGCCGGCAAUUUAUUGUUCCAUGACCUAUUUUUUGUAUGUUACGACUUGCCCACCCAAAAUUGAUUCCUCGCUGGGAUUGUUUACCGGUUUUGAAGAAAACUAUCAUUUGCUAUGAUAUUCCUGAGUAGUGGCACCUGUCAGGAAAAGCAGUCAUCCAUGAAUCAAUCUAGCCCUACAAUCCGGGUGACUUACGGCGAUGCAUGAGCCUUUGGUGUCUUCGCAAAAUUCGCGGCGUCUGAAAUUUCACAAAUAUCAGUUAAAUUGCGUAACUAUUUUUAAAUAAAAGAGCAACUCCUUUUAAAAAUAAAUUGAUUUGUCUCAUUUGUUUUCCCGUGGUUGUUAAAAGUUAUUUUCAAACUCCAGGAUCCGUGUGCGGUUAAAUGAUUACAGAAAAUAGGUCGUACAUUUUCCCAACCAAACGCUUUUUUUCGUAAAUUUUGAACAUAAGUCACUUAAUUUUCGCUAUUUCACGAACUGAAAUUUCACUGAAACUGAAAUUGUAAUCAAAACUGAUAAAAUCAUAAGUAAACCAUCAAAUAGCAUGUGUGCGUGAAACUGCUCAAGUAGAUUAAGGCCUGCCGGUUCUAAGUCAUUUGUGAUUGUUAUGCAAAGUUUCCAAAAACCAUUGUUAAAGACAUCCUCCACAAGAUGGUAAGGUAAACUAACCUUAAAAACUUCUGAAAACUUGAAAAGAGAAAUCCAGAUUACCAGGUCACGUGAUCGAUUACGCCCUCGUCUGUUCGAAAGUUGCAACCAACGAUACCCACCACUUGCUAAACGUGCAGCUCCAGUUUCUCUUAAUCAAAACUUUGACCCUACAAAUUGUCUACGAAAUCAGCUUGGAGUGGUUGGAAUCUUUACAAAUUGUAGGUGCAAUUGAACCACACAAAGGACUGCAUAGGAC